AUGAGUGUGAGAACAAGGAGACAGAAAGCCGCUGAGACGGCCACGGCCGAUGAAAAGCCCGCGCCAACAGGCAACGGAGUCGCACGCGCAACUUCUGCUCAGAAGGGAGCUGAAGCUGGGCCGCGUGAAAAUGUCUAUUUGUUCUGGCCGAACAUCGUCGGCUAUGCCCGAGUCGUCUUGGCAGUAGCAUCACUAUACUACAUGCCCCUUCACCCACGAACGUGCUCAUUUUUAUACAGUAUCUCGUGCUUGUUGGAUGCUCUGGAUGGAUAUCUCGCGCGAUUAUUCCAUCAAUCUACCACAUUUGGCAGCGUGCUCGACAUGGUUACGGACCGUUGCACGACUGCAUGUCUGUUGGUUUUCUUGAGCUCAGCUUGGCCCCGCUGGUCCAUCGUCUUCCAGGGCUUGAUCAGUCUGGAUCUCGCCAGUCACUACAUGCACAUGUAUGCUACCCUGAGCAUGGGUGGUGCUGGACAGAGCCACAAGAAAGUCGACUCGAGCCGCAGCUGGAUUUUACAUAAAUAUUAUACAAGCAGGACCGUGUUGUUCGUGUUCUGCCUCUUUAACGAGCUGUUCUUCAUUGGAUUAUAUCUGCUUUCGUUCUCGUCGCCGAAACUGUCCCCAUCUUUAUUGCAACCACCUCCAAACAUCGAGCCCAUGACCGCUCAGCCAGGAAACCCGGCGCAUGAACCGCCCAGUUCACUGUUUGCUAGUCCAUGGAGUGCGGGCGCCCUUGAACUAGCUCGUGCAAACAAGCUAGACAGCACUUUGCCAUGGAUAAUCACCGGUGUUUCGGCUCCCAUCAUGGCUAUAAAGCAGUUUAUCAAUGUUGUACAGAUGGUGAAAGCCAGCAACUGGCUUGUAGAGGGAGAUCUCGCUACCCGCAGAGCUGCCAGGGCUGAGGGCAAAUUGGCUUAG